GAACGACAAAACUCCCACCACGCUCCAGAGCCCGCUCAACAUCUUUAUUUCAAGUUCCAUCCAUUCUUCCCGAGAGAAAAUCUGCAUCCAAUGUCCAGAAAAGCAGGGUUUCCCACCAGACUGGUUCAUACCCUCAAAACCCAUCAUGGCCCCGUAAACACAGUCGCCUUCUCCAGUCACCCAGGCACAUACUUGCUGACAGGCUCUUCAGACCGGUCCAUCCACCUGUCGCGAGCGGUCCCUACGACCAAUGUGUCGGAAACCACGCAACCGAUCCAGAGAUACGAGGCACAUGGAUACUCGGUGCUAGAUGUGGCCGUGGCGGCGGAUAAUGCGCGUUUCGCUAGUGUGGGAGGUGAUCGAUUAGUCUUUCUCUGGGACGUUGAGCAGGGUGGCACGAUACGGCGAUGGGGAGGACACAAUGCGAGAGUCGAAGCUGUCCAGUUUGCCGGAGAGGGAGACUCAAUAGUCGUGUCUGGUAGUGCAGACACUACGAUCAACCUCUGGGACACCCGCUCCAACGCGCACAAGCCCAUCCAAACCCUCAAUGAAGCGAGGGACACCGUCUCCUCCCUACACGUCCACAUGUCGACGUACUCGGUCGCCAGUGGCAGCUACGACGGGCGAGCGCGCAUCUACGACAUUCGCAUGGGCCGCACCACCGUCGAUGUCCUAGCGCACCCCGUAACCAGUGUGCGUUGCUCGGCCGACGGCAACGCGCUCCUCGCCUCCACGCUGGACGGACGGAUCCGCAUGCUCGACCGAGUGGAUGGGAAGCUUCUCAAGGCCUUUGGAGGCGAUGGGAGUCCGUAUCAAAAUAGCGAGCUGAGGAUUCGGUCUGUGUUUGCCGAGGGUGACUCGGUGGUCCUCAGCGGUAGCGAAUCCCUGUCGUCCAAUGCUCACGCCAGUGUCUUUGCGUGGGACGUCUUAAGCGGCGAGAUCAUCGCUUCAGUAGAUGCCGGUCUCGGAGUUAAGGUCGUCAGUUGCAUCGCUUGGAACCAGAGUGGGAAAUGCUGGGCGGGAGGGUGUUCUGAUGGUACAAUUGCCCCCCCCCUCCCCCCACACUAGAUAUACACGGC